GUGCCACACAUCACGCCAUCAUCAUGCCAACCCAUCCACAUUCCGAAUCCAAGUAAUAUAAAAGUGAACUCUAGACUCAGACCAGAGUGAAUCUCAACCUGUGAAUCCAGAUACAUAACUUGACAAUAACGUUCACCAUGGAAACAAAUAAUGACUUAAGCACCCUAUUCGCCCUUCCCCCCUCCUCGGAAUUCCUCUCCCAAUGCCCAGCAUUCCGCCUGCUCGUCCUUGGAAACGCCGAAUCCACCAAAGUCGACAUAUUCUCCAAGAUCUUCGGCGUCACCCUACCCAAGAACCAUCUUGCAGCAGCCUUCAGCCCCGGCCAUGACAUCACCCAGGAGCUAGAGCUAGACGGCCAGAACAGUCGCCUCAUCAUCCACACCUCGCCCAACUUCGGCAGCGGGGAUGAGCAGGCCUACGCCCGGGUGUGCGACUUCCUCAAAGCCAGACAAUCCCCCUCGGCCGCCCCCGCGGACCGCAUCCACUGCAUCUGGUACUGCGUAGCCUGCGACGAGGACAGGAGCGUGCACGGUCUCGAGGCCGACUUCCUCGCCCACCUCCGGUCCGCCGCCGCCCCCGACACCCCGCCCGCCGUGCUCGUCUUCACAAAGUACGAGGAGCUAGUCGGCCGCGCGCGCCUCGAGUGGUCGCGCGACGAGCGGCGCAGCGGAGCCGCGUCCAGCGUCGCCGUGUCGCACCUGAUCGGGGACCUGGCCUCGCGGCGAUUCGAGGAGCGCAUCGGCGGCAGGUGGGACGGGAUCGUCGGUGGAGGAGGCCGCGUGGCCCGCGUCUGCGUUGCGAACGACGACGGAGGUGACGGCGGCGUCGGUGGGGGGAGGUCCGGUUUUGACGCGUUGACUGGCACGACCGUUGCCGCCUUGAAGGACUGGAAUGCCAAAUUGGCUUUUGCUGCUGCCCAGCGGAAUUCGCCGUCGAUAUCGACACAAUUCGCCGCCAACAUCGCGGCCGAGUACUUCACCGUCGACACCGGCCACGCGAGGAAGCGAAGCGGCGUCGAGGUCGGCGGCAUCCUCCGCGACUUCUUCGCCAAGGCGACCCAGGUCUUCAACCUCAAGGACCGCGACGCGCUGCUCCUGGCCCCGCACCUCCUCGACAGCGUGCUGGCCGCCGCAUUCGAGUCCCGCGACGAGCUCGGGCUCCUGCAGGACGCCCUGGAAGGCGGCGAUGGGGACGGCGGCGGGGCGCAUCAGCAGCCGCUGAUCGGCUUGCUCAGCCCCCACGACAGGGCAUGCCUGCUCGCCCAGGCCCUCGCCCAGACGGCGCUGUUCUUCCACGGCCUUGCCACGGCGCAGUGGGCGCAAGGGGACCCGGCAGUGGGGCUCACGGAACAGUCGAUAGGGAGGGAGCUGCGCGAGAUGAGGUUGGGGACGGGCCGGAAGAGCGUCAUAGAGGUGGUAGAGGCCAGCCCCAUCUUCACCCAGUGCUUCUCCAGGAGCGAGAUAUCGGAGCUUAUCGUGAGGGCGGUGGAGCAGACGCAGGAGGUGGGGGCAGGCCAGAACCCCAUUUCCGUGAGCUCGGAGCUGAAGGAUAUUCCGCUCACCUCUGUCAACGAUCGAGGCCGCGACGACUUGGUCUUGCCUUGCGGGAUGACAAUUGUGCCGCUGACAUAGCGAGAUCCAAGGGUCCGGGUAUCGGUCCUAGGGAAGAGGAGAUCCCACCGAUAAACUUGUCUGCGGGUACCCAAGAGGUGUGUUGCGCAGGCCUGCCCACGAUCUUCUCGAGAACGGAUGUGAGGGACCUGGAAAAGACGUAGAGAUGUUAGUAGUAUGCUUUAUUUCUUAACCCUAGG